AUGGCUAAUAAAAAAUGUAUGCCUUUAAUUACUAAUUACAAAUCGGAUGAUUCCUCUUUGGAUGAUGAUGAUGAUGAUGCUGAUGAUGAUAAUGAAAUCUUUAAUAGUUUCACAGUGAAUAGUAUCAAUGAAGCUACUGAUGAAGAUGAUCAACCAUUGUCUCAUUUCCGUUCUGUGCAUACAACAAAAAAUGAUUUUUUAAAAAAUUAUCCAACUAUUCUACAACAAUCAGUUACAAAUAAUUCAUCUGUGAAUACAUUGAAAAAAAAAUCACAGUUGAUACUGUCAUCAUCUAAUGUUGAUGAUGCUGAUGCUGAUGCUGACGAUUCAAUUGUACCGAAUAUCUCUGAUUCCGAUGAGUCAAAUGAUUCUUUCUCAUCUGGUACUGAUGAUGAAGAGUUUCAAAAUUUAGUGAACAAUUCCGCUGCAUUACCUGUAAUUGAACUCUUGAGAUCUAAACAGUUAACAUUGAUGUAUGGUGAGAAAAAUCGUCACAAAGUCAAAUCAGAUAGAAUCAUAAACAUUGGUUAUUCACAAUUUUUUCAAGAAAUUCAAUCCGUUUUGAAAUAUGAACAUCCUAAUGCAAGUUUCCAUGAUUUAUGUCGAUUAGUUGAUGAACGAUGGAAUCAAUUAUCAAAAAUGCAGAAAAAAGAGUAUAAAAAGCAUUCUAACCUAUCAAAACAGUCAAAACAAAUGACUACUUCUUUAGCAAAAUGUCGAUCAAAAUUGCUGAGAUUACUAAAUGAAAACAAUAAACAAUGCUGUAAUCCGACGUGUAGAAAUCCAGUUGCCUAUGAUCCUCGUUGGAAUGGUCAGUAUUGUUCAACGAAAUGUGUCGGAGAACAUUGUCAAUUAACUUUUAUUGAUUGGUGCAACAAUAAACGCUAUGAUGACGGAAAGAUCUUAAAGAAUACGUUGUUUACAGUUCAAAGAAUCCCAGUGAUCAAUUCGGAUGAAGCAAAUGUCAAUGAUGAUGUAAAAUCCGUCGACCAUCAGAAUGGUAAUACCUGUAAUAUUGGUAGCGGUAGUAGUAGUAGUACGUCUGCUGAUAGUUCUAUUAUGGCUACUAAUACUACUACUGCCACUACAACUACUGAUUAUAAUAGUAGUGCGACCUCUAACACUACCCAUACUACUACUAGUAAUACUACUACUAAUAACAAUAAUAAUAAAAAUCCCCCACUCCUUGAUUCAUCCGAUUGUGUUUCAGUGAGUUUAAAAAGAAAACCUCUCUUUGAAUCAUUUAAAGCGGAACAAUUUCAUAAUAAAUCCAUUUGA